AUGGCGGCAGAUAUUAUGGACCAUCUGAUUAAAUCGAUGUCCGAUCUGCCAACCUCGUAUGAUGUCCACAAGAACUCUUUCAUCAAGAACACACAAACGAAAACUCCUCUUCAAGUUGCGGCGGCGAUCGACGGAGUGGAUACGUGUCGGCGCCUCGUUGCAGACGGCGCCGCCAUCAACGCCAAGUGCCAAGACUUCAACGCCACCGCGAUGCACUACGCAGCGUUGAACGAGAAGCACGGAUUGGAGGUGAUUGAGUACUUCACUUCUUUGAAGAUGAGAGUUGAUACCAAGGACAAAAACGGAAAGGAACCGAUCUUCUAUGCGAUCAGAGCGAAGAAUUUUAAAAUUGCGGAAAAAUUGCUCAAAUUAAUGUUUCCUAAAGGGGAGUUAAGCAAGAACAAUCUGCUGCACAUUUGUGUGAAGAUAAAUAAUUUGGAAAUGGCUAAAAUCGUGCACAGCAAUGAUAAGGGACUUUUAAACAAAUAUGGAGAGCAUGGAAGGUCAACGAUUCACGUAGCAGCUUUCUACGCCGAUCUGGAAAUGUGCAAGUGGCUUUUGAGCGAAGGCGCCGACGUUCGAGCUUUAACGGAGAAUGAAAAUGAGCAAAACGUGCUUCACUGUGCUGCAUACAACACAUCGCACGGCACUGAACUGGUGCAGUUUUUUGUUUCCAAUUUUGACUUUGACGUGAAAGCAAAAGACAAACUCGAUUUUACGCCUCUUCAUAAGGCAUUGUUCAGGGACAACAUCAAAACUGCCGAAGAAUUGAUGAAACUCGGUGCAGACCUAACAGCAAAAAGGGUCACCAAUGACUCCAACAAUUUGGAAAAUUUGAUGCACUGCUGCAAGGAACCCUUUUUAUUUGAUUUUCAUGAAUUCGAUGACAUGAUCAAGGUGCACUCCAUGCAGCAGCCAAACAUAAAGAUAUAA